UCGCUCUGCUUCACCACCGUUGUUGCUUGGGUAAUUUUUUUUUUUUUUUUGUCCUGGUGAUUGUUAAACAUUUAAGUGUUUUAAAAUAUUAACAAUGACUUGAGACCAAAUGUAAACAUCCUCCAACUUUUUUUUUUUUUUUUUUUGCACGUGAAAAAUAGUUUUAAGCCUUUGCAUCAACGGAAAAGUGAAACACGAAGAAGAGCAUCUUGUGAAAAGUCAAUUUUUUGUGAAAACCAAGAGGAUUAACGCGAAAAUCUAGCAUGUGCUGAUGAAGUUUUAACGCGAAGGAUUGCCGGUCAAUUGCGGGGAGCAGCCAAGUCAGGAUUCAGCAAGCAGGGGCACUGUGCGUGGUCUGUGACCAGGCGCCUGGCCAGCGGAGUCUCCGCCCUUUCUGGGUGGUAAACAAACACCCGGCAUUGGUACAGUCCCAGACAUACAAAUAUAUAAAACACCAUGUCGGCGCAGUCCGUCUACCUGAAGGUUACGCGAAUCUCUCUGCGCUCCGCCUCGAACCUUUCCAAGCGGCGCGUGGACGAGCUGAACUCGGGUAUCGGAGAGCUGCGCCGCCUGCUUUCCUGCGUUGUGUGCUGCCAGCUGCUGAUGGACCCGUACUCGCCCAAGGGGAAGCGCUGCCAGCACAACGUCUGCCGACUGUGCCUGCGGGGCAAGAAGCGCCUGUUUCCCAGCUGUCCGCAAUGCGAGGGGUGCUCCGACUUCAAGACCUACGAGGAGAACCGGACAAUAGCCCUGUUGUUGCUCUGCUACAAGACGCUAUGCGUCCACCUGCUGCAAUCGUCGCUGUUCGCCCAGUUGGCGGGACUGCGUCCCCAAAUGGGAGCCAGGGAGCUGGAGCUGCUGCCCCGCAUCAAGCUGCCUCCAAAGAGCACCCAGGAGUUCAUACGAGAGGGUUCCAACUACGACGACAUGCGUGAUACCUUUCUGCCGCAGCCGGACCUGCCGUUCCUCAAGGGCCUUCCCUCCUCGUUGCCCGCCGAGACACCGCCCACGACGGCGGCAACCACACCCGAGAUACCGUACGAGCAGCACCUGCCCGAGCAUCACCAGCAGCUGUCUAUCAGCGACAUUGAGCUAGAAGCGGCGGCCACAGCCGAGCAGGGUCACUUCUCGCCGCUUCCUCUGCUGCCAACGGGCUCGCGCAUGGGCCUUCAGGCGCAUACGGCGCAGGUAAUCUUCACCAGCGGCAACACAGACACCACAGAGUCCGGGUUCAUGGAGCAGGCGUGGACCGGUCAGGUGGAUCUCUCCGAGGCCAUUUCAGUCCCCAGCUUUCCGAGCAACAACACAAACUUUACCGUCUCCUAUCUAAUGCCCGCGGGAGCAUCCACGCCGUUCGAUGCCCAGGAGCUUCACAUUGGUCAGGUGGUGCAAAUCGGGGAUUCUUCACAAACGGCUGUGCUCACAGCCGUUGAGGAGCCUCUAAGGGAUGAGGAGGAGGAGGCCGUGCUACAAGGCCCCGAGGAAAACGAGGAAGGCAUCUCGCAACUUAAUGUUUUGGCCGUUCCAGAGGAGCCAGAAGGAUUAGCCGUGCUGUCCGCUACAGAGGACCUGGAGGAGCCUGAGCAGUUGGCUCUGUUGACCGUCACUGAGGGGCCCGAGGAGCUAGCUGUGCUGCCGGUCAAAGGGAAGCCCGAAGAGUUGACUUUGGCAACGGUUGCGCAGGAGUCCGAGGAGCUAACUGUGCUGUCUGGUACAAAGGAGCCCAAGGAGCCAGUGAAGGUGAAAAGCGGCAAGAGGAAACUAGACCAAAUUGAGGAAGAUCUCGUAGACGAGGAGCACGAAGACAAAGUGGACGAGAUCCCAAAAAAGGUGGUCAAGGAGGCCAAGAAGGCGGAGCCAGAAGGCCCAGUUACACGCAAAAGAGCGCGUAGUCCCAAAAUCCCAGUCCAGAAAAUCGAAGCAGAGAAUAAAUCGGAGCCGGCCACACAGCUGCAGUCGGCAAAGAGUGCCUUCCGUCGGGUUCGCGGCAAGGAGGAUAAGGAUAAGGAGAGGCCACCAAAGUCCAAGUGCCGUUGCGGUAUCGCCAAAACGGCCAAUCCUCUUACCACCUGCCGCACCUCGCGCUGUCCCUGCUACAAGAACGGCAAUAGUUGUAACGGCUGUAAUUGCGUUAGCUGCAAAAAUCCCCACAAGGUGGACUUCAUGGAGAGUGACGACGAGGAUGGGGAGGAAGCCAUGAAGAGCGAUGAGGAAAAGGAUAGCAACCAGCAGAAGGCAAUGCCUGCUCCACAAGAGGAGAAAAGUGCCGAUGCAACUCCGGAAACGGCUGCUCCAGCCCUGGUGCCGGUCAGCAAUCUACAGCAGUCAAAGCAUAAGUUAGUGCUGGUCCUGAAUGAGAACGGUGUGUACCAGGGCUUUAAUAUCUUUCAGGGAAGCAAGCCCCUUGACCCGGAAUCUUUUGGCUACGUACGCGUCCCGCUGCAUAAUAAUGAUGGCAACAGCUCCCUUCCUCAAUAUGCCUACAUUAUGCCGCCGGCAACACCUGCUGGUCCAGCACCAUCGCCACCGCCACCGCCACCACCUCCUCCAGCACCGGAAAGAGAAGUGCUUGAGCCACCGCCAAAGAAGUUCAGGACUGGCUGUAGGACAAGGCGUGGAAUGGCCAACUUCUCGGCCCUCGACACAGUGGACGAGCUUGUCAGUGGCGGAUCAACGAGCAAUUCUGCCGCUGGCGACAGAUUGUCGGCCACUGACAAUGCCCACUCGCUGUUCGAGGAGAUCAUGUCGGGCUCGGAUGAUUUGUAAGCAAGGCGAUUCAUGCAUAGAUGUUGUGUCUUCAUCCCAAGAUCUUAUUUAACUCCUUUUUUUUCUGAAUUUUUUUUUUACAUUUUAUUUUUGUUUAGUUUAUUUUGUGAUUCCUGAAGAUAUACCCUUAAAGGGUAUUUAUUAUCUUUGUCUCCUGUGUGUUAGUUAUGGCUAGGCCCCUCAAGUUUUGGAUAGUCUCACUAGGCAAUACUUGGGGGGUCUUUAUAACUAGCCAAUGCUUAUUCUGGUUAUUAUUUCCACUGAUAUGCACAGAAAACGCUGUAGAUUUGAAACGAAAAGCUGUCCAGAGUAUGAAAUUUGUUUUACCUACUCUUACCAUAGAUACCGUUUUAAAUGUAUAUCGAUUUCUGCUUAAUUUUUUUUCUUUACAUGUAAUGUAUUUAUUUUCAUCUAUGUACUUCGUUUGUACUCAACCAACUCACAAAUCAACUCCCAAAUAUCUUUUAGGGGCAUUCUACAUGAGGAUUUCCCAGACUUUUUGUAAACGUCAAGCCAAUGUUUCCACCAAACGGAAAUCUUAAGCAAUUAGUCGUGUAGAAUUAAGCAAGGCAAGUUACAUACUAACUAUAUAUGUAUAUGUAAAGCAAUUUCUGCAGCUGCCGCAGGCCAAAAACGAAAUAUUCUUAAACUUAAAUAAGGGCAAAGCAAUAGUCAUACCUAUUUUUUUUUCUUCUUUCUCGUUUAACGAACAACGAUAUGUAAGAAAAUCUUUGAAUGCUUUGCUCAGAAUGUGGUUGCUGUGAGAGGAAAGGAUAACCAGACAUCUCUUCUAAGUUAAGACAAUUUUUUUGAAUAGGUUAAGAAACUUUUUUUGAGCAUGAACCUUUUUUUUGAGCACGUGAAUCUUUCAUAAGAAAAGAAAAUAAAUGUAAACGCCAUAAUAUUAUAAAGGCAACAAUAUA